CUUUCAACUCCCACACGCCAUGAAAUUGAACCAGGCGCUCUCUUUCACCCUAUAAAAACAAAAUCAGAUUCAAAAUCCCUCUCUCUCGCUCUUUCUCUCUCUCUGUCUCUCAUCAAUCACAUGCAUCAAUAACAACAAUCCCCCUAAUAAAACUCCCCAUUUUCCCUUCUUUCUCACAAUCGCACGCAUUCCAAAGGAGAGAAAAGGAUAGGGAGAUAGAGAAAUAAUGCCUAGCGUCGCUGUAAAGCUCUACAGCGUCUUCUUCAAAUUUCUCCUAAAACACAGACUACAGUCCCGAAUCCAGACGCCAUUGGAUGAGAACGCCACCUCCACCAGCAACGCCAGCCCCUUCGGUGUCACUUCCCGCCCCGACGAAGAAUCCGUCGCUCCCGUCAACCCUUCCUUCACCGAUGGCGUUGCCACCAAAGACAUCCACAUCGAUCCUUUCACCUCCCUCUCCAUCCGCAUCUUCCUCCCUGACUCCGGUCUCCAACCUCCCCUCGAUUUCUCCAGACCCUCUUCCCGAUCUCCCGAUCUCAACCACUCCCCUGACAUCUCCCGCCGUAAUAGCUACGACCCCUCCACCGCCUCCAAGCCCGCGUCCCGCUCCGACCAGUACCGCCGCAGCAGCUAUGGUGGCGGCUCUCCCGACUCUGACAUCCCCAACCCCAAGCAGGACCCCGCGAUCUACCGCGGUUACUCUCCCUCUCUCUCGAACCACCACCAGACCUGCCGGAAGCUGCCCGUCAUCCUGCAGUUCCACGGUGGCGGGUUCGUCUCCGGCAGCAAUGAUUCGGCUGCCAAUGAUUUCUUCUGCAGGCGGAUCGCCAAGCUCUGUGAUGUGAUCGUGCUUGCAGUGGGGUACAGACUUGCACCCGAGAAUCGGUAUCCGGCAGCGUUUGAGGAUGGGCUGAAGGUGUUGAAUUGGUUGGGAAAGCAGGCAAAUCUGGCGGAGUGUAGCAAGUCGCUCGGGAAUGCACGUGGAAGCAGCACAGAUCUGAGAAGAUCGGACGUCCAUCGGCAUAUUGCAGACAGGUUCGGGUCAUCAAUGGUCGAGCCCUGGUUGGCUGCUCAUGGAGAUCCUUCCAGAUGUGUUCUCCUCGGUGUGAGCUGUGGCGCAAAUAUCGCCGACUUUGUGGCUCGAAAGGCAGUUGAGGCUGGAAAGCUCCUCGAUCCUGUUAAGGUUGUUGCCCAGGUUCUGAUGUAUCCCUUCUUCAUUGGAAGUGUUCCAACUCAUUCUGAGAUCAAGCUGGCAAACUCGUACUUCUACGACAAGGCCAUGUGCAUGCUUGCAUGGAAGCUUUUCUUGCCUGAGGAUGAAUUCAGUUUAGACCAUCCAGCUGCCAACCCCCUCUUACCUGGAAGGCAACCGCCACUGAAAUUCAUGCCGCCAACUCUCACAGUGGUCGCGGAGCACGACUGGAUGAGGGACCGUGCCAUAGCUUAUUCAGAGGAGCUUCGUAAGGUGAACGUCGAUGCACCAGUCCUUGAGUAUAAGGAUGCUGUGCAUGAAUUUGCAACGCUCGACAUGCUCCUCAAAUCUCCGCAGGCUCAGGCUUGUGCUGAGGACAUUGCAAUCUGGGUUAAGAAGUACAUCUCGAUUCGUGGCCAUGAGUUCUCGUAUUAGAUGGCAGAAUAGAAAGAAGCAUCUGUAUCCCAGAUGUGAGGGAAGAGCAUCUCUGAGACGGGCAAUCUUUUGAUUGUGUGUGCAUGUGUUCAUGCUGAGUCGCUUUGGGGUUUUUUGGUUAUAUUUCUUUUUCUUGUUCUCAUGUAUGAUAAGAGUGGCUAAGAGUAGGACGUUUAUUGAAUUAAGAUUCAGAUACAUUUCCCAUCUUUGAGGCUGAUGUGAUGUUCUUUCUUUUUUCUUUUUUCUUUUUCAUGCUAUUUUUUGUAAGAUAUGUAUUAUCUCUAUUGAACUAAAUGCCAAUUGCAUUUCCUUC